GGCCCCGCCGCGCCGCCGCUCAGCUGUGAUGCCUCAAUCUCCGCACCCGGAAGAGAACUCCACUCCCAAAGUCAUCCUUUCCAGCUAGAUGCACCCAAACCGGGCUGCUGCCAUGGAAACGGGCUGCACGGAGGAGCCUGCCCGGACCAGGACACAGUCGGUGGCCUGUGCCAGUGACCAGCAGCAGGAGGAGAGCGGGGACCAGCUCCCUGAGCAGGGCAGUGCCUCCAUUGCAGCCGCAGAGCCGCAGCCGGCACCUGGGAAGCUGAAGAAGACGGCGUUCAAGCUGUUUGGAGGGAAGAGGAGCAUCUGCACGCUGCCCAGCUUCUUUGGGGGCAGGAGCAAAGGCCAGGGCAAGGCAAACUCUAAGAAGGGCCUCAGUAAAUGUAAGACCCACGACGGGCUCAGCAGUGCUGCUUAUGACAGAGGUGGUGGGGCGCAGCUGGAAAGCCCCGCGGAGGGGAGCAGGGACCUGCAUCCCGGCCCUUUGCCGAGCUCCCAAAGCGCUCACGUUGCUGUAGACACCAGCGCCAGGUUUGAUCUUGGCCAGCAGGAUGGCUCGCCGCCCGGGAGCAUUGAGGGCUGUGAGAAAAAGCCCAAUGGAGAUAAAUCCUCUUUUCCCAGACCCAAAAAAGGCCUGAAAGGGUUUUUUAGCAGCAUCCGGCGUCACCGGAAGAGCAAGGUGGCCGAGUGUGAGAAAGCCGAGCUGCCCGAGUGGAACGGGGACACCGAGGAGGCCGGCAGAGCUCCCGGAGGGGCAGCGGAGAGCCAAGGUGCUGCGGAGGGAAAGGGACUGGCACCGGCCUCUCCUGGCACAGCCUGCCCAGGGGGCCCAGAGGAUGAGCACUCCAUGGGCACCGCUGAUAACUGUGGGGAGGCUGAGCCCGGCUGCCUGACCGCUGCUGAGGGCAGCUCUGAGUGUGACACGGCGACAGUGCCAGGGAAGAGGGAUGCUCUGGAUACAAAACCGGAGUCUGAUGCUGCUGUGUGCGCAGAGUUUGACCAUGGUAACAUGCUGCUGGCUUUUCACCCGGACUUCAUGGACAACGACCCCCCCUGCCUCAACUCUGGGGACCUGCUGAGCCUCAUCCUGGGAGAUGCCGCGUCCCUGAAGAGCUUCGACUCCCUGACGGGGUGUGGAGAUGACAUCGCUGAGCCCGACAUCGCCGAGAGCACCAUCUCUGUGGAGCGCAGCAGAGAUGCUGCGAAGCGGAGCUCCUGCUUGGUCACCUACCAGGGCGGUGGGGAGGAGAUGGCCAUACCCGAGGAGGCAGAGGAGUACCUCCACCAGCUAUGGAACAGCAACGUGGCAGGGGACAGGAGCUACGGAGCCCAGGUGUCGAGCAGCAGCCUGGAGACCCACGCCUCGCACGAGGCUGAAGCCCACCCCUACAUAGGGGAUGCGAUGGAUGGCGUUGACCUCCUGACGCCACAGAGUGACCAGCAAGAGUCCGCCCCUAACAGCGACGAGGGUUACUACGACUCCACCACGCCGGGGCCGGAGGAUGACGCCGGGGAUGGGCUGGGUGAGCUCAAGAAGGAUCGUCUGCCCCGGGACAGUUACAGUGGUGAUGCACUUUAUGAGUUCGACGCGCUGAUGAGUCCCUCUCACGGGGAGGAAUCCCUGUUUGAGAGCAAGAUCUCCCGCCCUGGGAUCUUCAGCUACUUCUUGGACUUCUGCCUCCCUGCCGAGAAGAGCCUGAUCCAGAUGAUUGAUCAGAAAAGAGGGGUGAUGGAAAUGGAAGAAGAGGGGCUGGUGGCCAUUCAGAAAGAGCUGCUGUACUGGGAGCUGCAGCGGGAGCCGGUCUUGAAACGCCUUGAUGCUCCCAGCAAGGAGAAGUGUCCCCUUGAGAAGCAGUGUGUUGAAUGUAAAACCAGAGCAGCCAGCUCAAUUGGCAAAAAGAGUGGCCUUGCUGGUGAGCAGGUGGCCUCGCAUGCCCCAAACAGAGGGGGGAACAGUGUGGGUUCAGUGGCUAGAGCUGAAAAUCCAGAGUGGAGGGAUUUUCCAGGGACUCUGUGUCCAGAAAACUGUUACAACAGCCAAAAAGCUGGAAGUUGCCUUAUUCAGCUCGUGCAGAACAACCCGGGGUUCGAGUCAGACCCAGACCAUGGGUUGUUUCGGGACUCCAUCCACGGCAGUGUCGCCCCAGCCAAAGCAGGGAUGUUCCCUGGCUACAGGCUCCCAGAGGAUGAGGAUGGUGAUGGAGAGGAGAUCUCCAGGAGCAAGCCCCAGGAAGGCAGCGAGCCCGAGCACGCCGUGAGCUUCUCGCAAGCGCUGGUGGAGUUCGCCAGCAGCGGGACCCUCUUCUCCAGCCUGUCCGAAAGCCUGGGCAGCUCGGCCUCUGGCUCCUCCUUCACCCAGAACCUCCCUGCCCUCCCCACCAUGGUCACCUUCGACGUGGUCGACGUGGAGCAGGAAGGAGAAGGGGAGUGCGAGCAGCAUCCUGACAUGACUGCAGGCGAGGACAUUGCCGAGGCCUUUGAGGACAGCUACGGGCAGAAGGAGUCGUUGGCAGAAUGUGACGAGCGAAUGUCCCCGGGGUUCGCCCCCGGCUCCUUCCAGAGCUGCGACUGGGGCGUCACCAGCCUGCCCCGGCACCUGCGCCUGCACGGGCUGAGCCCCUCCAUGGUGCCGCUCUCCAUGGACCGCAGGAGCCGGUCGCUGGACACGGAGAGCCUGGAGUUUGAGCUCGCCGAGCCCCAGGCUGCCAGGAGCGGCCCCCAGCCCGGCCGGCUCUGGGCGAAGCGGGACGGUGGAGCGCGGAGGAGCAGGAGCAAGGAGGAGGGCGAGCUGGCGGCUCCCGAUGGCGGGUUGAGCUGGCCAGGCUUGCAGCACCUCCAGCACGACCCUGACACAGGGAUGGAGCUCUGGGGGUUCGCUCCGGCCACCACCAUGGGUGGUGCCUGGGAGCCCCCGGAGCAGCCGGGCUCUGUGUCCCCUUUCCUGCCUCUUUCCCAGAGCAUCUCUGGGGAGACUCCGGAGCCGGAGCUGAGCAGGCACCCGCUCAGACCCCACAACUUGCCUCUGCAGCCCGGCGCGAGGUGGUCCCGGGAGGCAGCCGGUUCCUACAGGUACCGCGGAGAAGCCGCCACCAAAACCUUGCCCCAUUUGGUACCCUCGGGCGGGACGGAGCCCGAGCUGCCCCCGGGCUUCGGGUUCUCUUGUUCCCCGGAGAAACGCGGCAAGUGCAGACCCGUGGGCAUUGCCCAGGGCGUUCCGCAGCAUCCCAGCGGCUCCACACAGAGCCCGGAGCGCUGCGGAGAGCCCCUGAAAGGCAGAGCCCCCCCCGGCACCCGCAGCGCUGCCCUCAGCCGCACCGACCCCGAGUAGCUGCUCCGGGGAGGGAGCGGCAGCGGUUACAAAGGGAGGGAGGAAAUAAAGCAGUGAGUGACUUGAAACGAGACCUGGGCUGAGGAGCUCCUCUGCUGCAGCCCUGGCCGUGCUCUCGGUGCUGUGGGUGUUCUGCCAGGGCUCGGGGUCGCCUGCGGGAUUUGUGUUAACACUGGGGCACCUUCUUAUUGCCCCCGUGCGUGCUCGCGUUGCUGCUGGAAUGAGUGCUGGGAAUGGACCCGUGGCAGGGUUGGGGGUUUCCUGCAGGGUUGGAGCCUGGGGGAAGCUGUUGAGGGAAAUCAGGGUGGGGGGGGUUCUUCCUCUUCGUGGUGAAACGUUUUGGUUUAGGCUCAUGCUGAAUGUCUCCAUCUCAGCCUCCGUUUGGGGAGGAGGGAUGUUGUUUCCAGAGCGAGGAUGGAGGAGACUCAGCCGAAAGGGGAACUUUGCAGUCACACCCUUAUUUAUUACUCCUUUUCCCUGGCCCCAAGGAGAGCAGGAGCUGGCGUGUGCGUGCUCAUCCCGUCCCCAGGUCUAGUUUUGAUUUGCUCAGAGAUGCCACGCUUGGAGAGAUGUGCCGUCCCUCUCAAGAACGAAGUAUUGGUCCCUUCUUUGUCGUGGUCUGCCUUCAGUGUAGAAUUCCAGUUGCAACCUUUCCCAUGCAUUGUCCCACGCUCCUGGCCUCUCCCACGCCAUGGGCACAGGGAUGAGGUCUUUGGAAUAAGCUAACUCUGCCUCGUGCCUGUAGCUGUGAAGUUGCAGGUGUUGUUACUUCCUUCAGAAGGAAGAUCUGGGGGUUGGUUUCUUUAAUUUCCAUUACUUGAUGGUUGCUUUCUUUGCAUAAACUCAUGCGAGGGAAGUGUUCUGAUGGUUGGAACACAGAAUGUAACGUCCUCAGCUGGGCUCCACGGCCUCUUCCUCCCGACUGGAGGGGACGGAAGAGCUGGAGGUCGCUGCAGGUUUGGGAUUUGGUUUUCCUGUUUGAGGGAGCGUGGAGGAGGGACGCGAGCUGGGACGAGCUCCUGCAAGCGUCCGCUGGAGGCUGUUGGUCCUGGAGGCAUCUCCCGUGUCCUCACCCCAUGAUCUCAAACACACGUCUCUAAACCAAACCUCCCUGUCCAUGACUCUCGAAGCUGCUUCCUCCCUGCCCUCCCUCCCUGGAUCCUCAUUUUCAUUCAGUUCCUGACAAUGGGAUUUGUUCUCCCCCGAGCUGCCCCUUUUCUGUUUCUCUUUGCAGCAGAAUUUGUAGCAUUAAACGGAACGAUCACGAACUGAAAUUCCUCCUGAGCUGCCUCUGGUGUUUUCUCCCCUCUCCGGAGCAAAGUGCGGGGCAAGGGGCAGCUCUUCCUGGCCCUGACCCACUUUUCCUGCCAACUCCUGCUGCUCUCUUGACCCACAGCCCUGCAGGGAUGUGGCUCCUGUUGGAAACCUCAGCAGCUCCCUGGCAUCGCCGGAUUUACAGGCCCAAGGAGCUGGUUGGGGUUUGGUCCCCCCCCCACCUCCCAAGCGAAAUGAGGUGCUGGUAUUUCCUAUUGAGAAGUGAUUCUUUACUGCCUUGUCCUUGUGUGUGUUGAAGGAGCAGGGAAGGGCAAAGCCAGGCUUUGCCUGCCUGCUUCUAUCUGUGUUUUCAUCCCUGAGCAGACUGAUGAGGUUAGAGCAGACCCAUCUCUGUAUCCACGGGCUGAAACCUCAAUUUUCCAGGGUUUUCAUCCCAGUCCUGCUGCAGGGAGUCACUGCAGUGCCACGUUUCUUUCCUCCCAUCCCUUUGCACAUCCAGAGAGGAUUUCAUGGGACAAACCUGGCUCUUGAUGCCGCUCCUGCUCCACAUCCCCAGCCUGCAGAGGAGAACCCGGGUGGCCAUGCAGGCAUUCACAGCCUCUGCCUGCCCUGACAGCAACUCCUUGAUGGCGUUUUAAUUACUCUUUCAUUUCAGCCUGUCACCAAAGGCACCUCGUGGGUUUCAGGGGGUUUCUUGUAGCAUUUUGUGUCUCCAUGGUGCAGCCUUUGCCAAAGUCUUGGUGAGGUGUGGAAGUGUCUCGGUGCUCAAAUGAAUGUUCCGUCGCAAGCGCAUGUCUCUAGGGAUAAUCCUUCUGGUUGUAGGUACGUCGUGGGAAGGCUCAGUGCAAACAGCUUCUAGACUCGAGUGGGUGAAAGCAAUACAGCCAAGACUUGAUAAUCUGACUUUAUACCAAAGGUUUCUCCCCUUAAUUGGAUGGGAACUAAAUGAAGCAAAAAUGGAUUGGCUUUAAACGAGCUUCCCAGAAGCGGUUUUGGAGCUCGUUUGCUGCAUUAUUGGCAUACUCUGCUCCAUUAACCCAAAGAAAUGAAGUUUUCAAUGUGCUAACCCAGCCUGUAAAUUAUCACUGCUGUAGAGAGACUGGAUUUCAGUGCCUAACGUGCUGCUCCUCCUAAACCACCCGUCUGUCCUGGGAUAAACAGGAGCAGGCCUUCUGGUCCUGAUCUGGAUCCAGCCGUUAGUCAGAUCCUGCCUUACCUGAGGAACUCAGAUCUGAGGGUGGUAGUGGAGGCUUUAAUGAAAAAGGGCUUCAGAUUGUCUUGCCAGGGUGUUAAGGGAAUUUCCCCUUGAGGAACCCCUGGAAUGCAUGGGAGGUUUUGCCUCAAAGGGAUGAAUUAUGGCUGUUAACCUGCGAUGAAACCACUGACGUUGGGUCAGUCUACCAAGUAAUUCUGUAUUGCAUUUUGGGGACUUUAGGGUUUUUUUUUUGUUUGUUUGUUUUUAUACACAUAAGAAAAUGGUCGAUUUUAUCUAUUUUUGUAUAGUUUGGCAUUUUCUAUUCAUGGGGAAUCUUCACGGACUGUUCCUUUCCUCGUGUGCGGUGUCUGGUGAAGCGGUGUGGUUCACCCCUUCCCAUGGAGAAAAGGCAACUCCUGCUGCUGCUCCCACUGCCUGUGCAAUGCAAGGAAAUCACCUCCUGUCACCUCAUGCUCCACUCCAUACCCGGGGCCCACUCCGAAACCCUGUUACCAACAGCCCUCUCUGCACACACCGCUGGGACAUCUUUGCUUUCAGCAGCUUUGUCACGCUCAUCAACUGCUGUUUCUUACUUUUUAAGCUUUGUUUUCAAUCUGAAUUUGUGGGUUUUGGUGAUUUCUCCUUCAAAUGUUGUCUUUAAACCCCAAAACCACGUAUUUCAGCCAGGGUUUCCCCUUCUGUCUGCUUAAAUUCUUCUGUCCAACUGGGGCUUUACUUAACUCCCCAGUCAGGAGAUGCUGUGGGUUGGUGCAUGGUGAUGCUCUUGAAGCCAGGGAUGAAUUUCCCCUUGGUGCUCCCUGGCUGGGCUGGGAGCUUGGCCAUGUCUGAGGAUUGCUCUUCCCAUAAUCCCAAAAUCCACAUGGGAUUAACAGGGCUUUCCACCUUCUCUUCCUCUCCUGCCAUGCCAGGCU